GAAUUCCAGCUUCCCUAAUAAUUAUUGUACAUCAAAAGACAUUAGAAACUAUUUGUAGAGGAUUGAAAUCUGUAUUGGAAAUAACUGUUAAAAUUGGUCUACGUAAUUAAACAUAUUCCAAAAUUUUGUAAAAAUGUAAUACAUUUUAGUUUUCAGCCCAAACUUAGGCCACACACAAUGCAAUAAUGUUCACAUUUUUGAACUGUCAAUAUUUUUAUUUUAUCAUCUAUUGUUUAAAAACAAUACAGUUGAUAAGAUACCCUCAGUUACGGAGAAAGGAUUAAUAAUAAAGAUUUUUUUAUUCAGUCAAUGGUGUGAGCACUGUCAGUUAAAUAGUAACGUGUGGCCUUACUUUUAAGGCGGCUGCACAAUUGCCCGGGAACGGGAACGAGAACGGAAACGGGAAAAAAGUUAACCUCUACGUAAAUUAAUGUUGUAGAUGCACAAUAACCGAGAACGAGAAGCUGUCCGGUAACGGGAACGGGAAAGUUGACCAUGUUUUAACUUUCUCGUUCCCGUUGUAUUCCCGGAACCAAUCAGAAGGCAGUAUUAAAAAUACUGUCAAAUGCCCAAUAAAAAUUUGUUAUUAGAAGUGUGUGACCAAGUUUUAGUGACAAUUUUUAUACAUUUUGCAUUAAAAUAAAUGACGAACGAUUGAUUUCUUUAUUGGAAAAAUGUCCUCAUCCGUAUGAUUGAUGUAGAUCAUAGUACGUACUUAUAUGGUCAUUAGAUACAAUAAUAAUAUAAAUAUUUGAAUGAUAUGCUUUUUAUCUUUAUGCUGACAAACCUUUGCGAUUGCACACAUAUUGUGUAAAUUAGUUCCAAGAUCAUAAAAAACGAAAAUAUUAAAAGCUCGUCAUCAAAUAAAUCCAUAUUUUUAGAGUUAACAGACAUGUUCUUUUAAUAAAAUUAGAAAAAGAUCGUUCCACAAAAUUUAUUUUGAGAAGAAAAAUAAUUAAUAGCACAAGUGACAGUGACACAAAACAGCUGUUUACCAUUUAAUUGUGAAUCUGCUGAUGCUUUCAGUUUCCGUUCUCGUUCCCGUUCCCGGUCAAUUGUGCAGCCGCCUUUACACGCAUACCCGGUAUGCGUAUGUUUCACCACCCGGUAUAAGAUAAAAUGUGUAAUAUUUGUCUAAUUAUUUCAUAAUAACACAAAUAAUACACAAUAACACACAUUCAAUGAUCGAAAAUCGUUUAAAAAUAUGGGAAUGUAAACUCUUGUGACGUAAAGUCAAAAAUAUAAGUCUCCCCACCACCGUCGGACAAGACAACCGUAAUAAAGUCUAAUAACCGUGGGAACAAACCUUUAGAACAACUACAUCAAACAUAACCGAAUUCUGUUUUCUGGGUCUAUAUUUACGUCAUUGUCAAUUGUCGUUGUCAAAAGAAUAUGGAAAGUGGAAGAGUGGAAGUGGAAAGUUUGAAAGUUUAAAAACAUAAUUGUAUAAUAUAUUAUAUUUUUUAUCUAUGGUUUAAAAAUAUCAAUGUGAUGUGAACACAAAAGGCAGUUCUGGAUUGAGAUGGAUGUAAACAUAAAAUUGCAGUUGUUACAUAAAUCAAAUUUAAUAACAUGGAAAUAAAACAAGAAGUUGGUGAAAAAACUUUAAAAGUAGAAAUAGAUGACCAGUGUGUUGGUCCUUUGGAUGUCUUCAAAAUAGAAAUCAAGGAAGAACCCAAAAGAGAGACUGCGUACCAGACAUUUGAUUAUUUAGACUGGAAUGAAUUCACUGAAGUAGAAGGAGGUGAAGAUAAAUUUAUACCAUUUAAAGAAGAUCAAACAACAAAUGAAGAAAGUUGUCCCCAGGAAGAGAACAAACCUAACAUUAUGGAAACGUUACUUUCAUCUCACAAAGAUACAGGUCAACAUGAUAAAGGAAAAAUAUUAAAUAAAAAUGUGAAAGUUGGGACUGGACAAAGACCUUACAAAUGUGAAAUUUGUUUCAAGCAGCUCACUACUGAAAGUCAUUUGAAAAGACAUUUGAGUAGACAUACUAGUGAUAGACGUCACCAGUGUGAAAUUUGUUUGAAGCAGUUUAGUCAAGCAGGUACUUUGAAAACACAUUUGAGAACACACACUGCAGAAAAGCCUUUUAAGUGUGAAAUUUGUUUGAAGCAGUUUAGUCAAGCAGGUACUUUGAAAACACAUUUGAGAACACACACUGCAGAAAAGCCUUACAAGUGUGAAAUUUGUUUUAAGAAAUUUAAUCACGGUGGAAAUUUGAAAACACAUUUGACAACACACACUGGAGAAAAACCUCACCAGUGUGAAAUUUGUUUGAAGCAGUUUUAUCGAAAAGAUAAUUUGAAAACACAUUUGAGAACACACACUGGAGAAAAACUUCACCAAUGUGAAAAGCCUCGCCAAUGUGAGGCUUUUUUCCAGUGUGAAAUCUGUUUUAAACAAUUUAGUGCAGCAGGUAGUUUGAAAAUGCAUUUGAGAACACACACUGGAGAAAAGCCUUAUAAGUGUGAUAUUUGUUUGAAGCAGUUUUCUCGGACAGAUCUAUUGAAAACACAUUUGAGAACACACACUUUAGAGAAACCUCACCAGUGUGAAAUUUGUUUGAAGCAGUUUGGUAAAAAAUGUGAUUUGAAAACACAUUUGAGAACACACACUGGAGAAAAGCCUUAUAAGUGUGAUAUUUGUUUGAAGCAGUUUUCUCGGACAAAUCAUUUGAAAACACAUUUGAGAACACACACUUUAGAGAAACCUUACCAGUGUGAAAUUUGUUUGAAGCAGUUUUGUCAAAAAAAUAAUUUAAAAGCACAUUUGAGAACACACACUGGAGAAAAACCUUACAAGUGUGAAAUUUGUUUGAAACAGUUUAGUGAAGCAGGUAGUUUGAAAAUACAUUUGAGAGUGCACACUGGAGAAAAACCGUACAAGUGUAAAAUUUGUUUUAAACUGUUUAGUAGUUUAAGUACAUUAAAAGUCCAUUUGAGAGUGCACACUGGAGAAAAACCGUACAAGUGUGAAAUUUGUGUUAAACAGUUUAGUGAAGCAGGUAGUUUGAAAAAACAUUUGAGAAUACACACUGGAGAGAAAUCUCACCAGUGUGAAAUUUGUUUGAAACAGUUUUAUCGAAGAGGUGAUUUGAAAAAACAUUUGAGAGUGCACACUGGAGAAAAGCCUUAAGGUAAUAGAACUAUUAGUUGACAGUGAUCCAGAAAAUACAUACAGUUGAGAGUGCACACUGGAGAAAACCUUACAGUACACAAGUGUGAAAUUUGUUUUAAACUGUUAAGUAAAGCAAGUACAUUGAAAGUCCAUUUGAGAGUACACACUGGAGAAAAACCGUACUAGUGUGAAAUUUGUUUUAAACAGUUUAGUCAAACAAGUAUAAUGAAAGUCCAUUUGAGAGUGCACACUGGAGAAAGACGUACAAGUGUGAAAUUUGUUUGAAGCAGUUUAUUCGUAGAAGCGUUGAUUGAGGUAUUGGAGAAGAUAUCGCAUGUUACGAAAGAAAACGAGACCUCUGCUAUAUUCGCCUCAUAGAUGGCAGGCCAAAAGCCAUCUAGUGAGCAGAUAUGUGAAUCUCUAACCCUUAGAAAGAUAAAGAAAUUUGUAUAAAA